UGAAUGGUAGUGUCUAGAAAGGGUAUGUCCCUUCAAGAGAGAGGUGCCAAUGUCCAACCGGCCUAAUAACAAUCCAGGGGGGUCACUGCGACGUUCACAGAGGAACACUGCCGGGGCCCAACCACAAGACGACUCAAUAGGAGGAAGGUCACAUUUAGGGCAGGCAAAACAUAAGGGAUAUAGCCCUCCUGAGAGUAGAAAAUCUAAUUCUAAGGCACCCAAAGUGCAGUCUAAUACUACUUCUGAACUGUCAAGGGGACACCUUUCUAAAAGAAGCUGCAGUUCAUCAUCUGCUGUCAUAGUUCCACAACCAGAGGAUCCAGACAGAGCCAAUACUUCAGGAAGGCAAAAAACGGGGCAGGUGCCUAAGAAAGACAAUUCUCGAGGAGUGAAACGCAGUGCUAGUCCAGACUACAACAGGACCAAUUCUCCUAGCUCUGCGAAAAAACCCAAAGCACUUCAGCAUAUUGAGUCUCCCUCAGAAACAAAUAAGCCACAUAGUAAGUCAAAGAAGAGACAUUUAGACCAGGAACAACAACUGAAAUCUGCACAAUCACCAUCAACAAGCAAGGCUCACACCAGAAAGAGUGGGGCCGCUGGUAGUUCACGGAGUCAGAAAAGAAAGAGGACAGAGAGUUCUUGUCUAAAGAGUGGCUCUGGGUUCGAAUCAACUGGUGCCGAAGAGAGAUCUGCAAAACCUACCAAGCUGGCUUCAAAAUCUGCCACCUCAGCCAAAGCUGGGUGUAGCACCAUCACUGAUUCUUCCUCUGCUGCCUCAACUUCCUCAUCAUCUUCUGCUGUAGCCUCAGCCUCUUCCACCAUACCUCCAGGUGCCAGGGUGAAGCAAGGAAAAGACCAGAGCAAGGCCAGACGUUCCCGUUCAGCAUCCAGUCCUAGUCCCAGAAGAAGUAGCAGGGAAAAGGAACAGAGUAAAACUGGUGGCUCUUCAAAAUUUGAUUGGGCUGCUCGUUUCAGCCCUAAAGUUAGCCUUCCUAAAACAAAACUGUCUCUUCCAGGGUCUUCUAAGUCAGAGACAUCAAAACCUGGACCUUCUGGAUUACAGGCCAAGUUAGCAAGUUUAAGAAAAUCUACCAAGAAGCGCAGUGAGUCACCACCUGCUGAGCUCCCCAGUUUGAGGAGGAGCACACGCCAAAAGACCACGGGCUCCUGUGCUAGUACCAGUCGGCGAGGCUCUGGCCUGGGCAAGAGAGGAGCAGCUGAGGCUCGUCGGCAGGAGAAAAUGGCAGACCCUGAAAGCAAUCAGGAGACAGUGAAUUCUUCAGCUGCCAGAACAGAUGAAGCUCCCCAAGGAGCUGCAGCCUCUAGUUCUGUUGCAGGGGCUGUUGGCAUGACUACCUCUGGGGAGAGUGAAUCGGAUGAUUCUGAGAUGGGACGAUUACAAGCUCUGUUAGAGGCCAGGGGUCUUCCUCCUCACCUGUUUGGUCCUCUUGGUCCUCGGAUGUCACAACUUUUCCAUAGAACAAUUGGAAGCGGAGCUAUGCUGGGGAUUGAAUCCAGGGUCUCGCACAUGCUAGGUUCAAAGGCCCAGCAGCUUCUGCAAGGACUACAAGCCAGUGAUGAAAGUCAGCAGCUUCAAGCAGUCAUUGAAAUGUGUCAGCUAUUAGUCAUGGGAAAUGAGGAGACGCUAGGAGGUUUUCCGGUCAAGAGUGUUGUUCCAGCUUUGAUAACAUUACUGCAAAUGGAGCAUAAUUUUGAUAUUAUGAACCAUGCCUGCCGAGCUUUAACAUACAUGAUGGAAGCACUUCCUCGAUCAUCUGCUGUUGUAGUAGAUGCUAUUCCAGUCUUUUUAGAAAAGCUGCAAGUUAUUCAGUGCAUUGAUGUGGCAGAGCAGGCCUUGACUGCCUUGGAGAUGUUGUCACGGAGACACAGUAAAGCUAUUCUACAGGCAGGUGGUUUGGCAGACUGUUUGCUGUAUCUUGAAUUCUUCAGCAUAAAUGCCCAAAGAAAUGCAUUAGCAAUUGCAGCCAAUUGUUGCCAGAGUAUCACACCAGAUGAAUUUCAUUUUGUGGCAGAUUCCCUUCCAUUGCUUACUCAAAGGCUGACACACCAGGACAAAAAGUCAGUUGAAAGCACUUGCCUUUGUUUUGCACGUCUAGUAGACAACUUUCAACAUGAGGAAAACUUGCUACAGCAGGUUGCCUCCAAAGAUCUGCUUACAAAUGUUCAACAACUGUUAGUAGUGACUCCACCGAUCUUAAGUUCUGGGAUGUUUAUAAUGGUUGUUCGGAUGUUUUCUCUGAUGUGUUCCAACUGUCCAACACUAGCUGUUCAACUAAUGAAGCAAAACAUUGCAGAAACACUUCACUUCCUCCUCUGUGGUGCCUCCAAUGGAAGUUGUCAGGAGCAGAUUGAUCUUGUUCCACGAAGUCCUCAAGAGCUAUAUGAACUGACAUCUUUGAUUUGUGAACUUAUGCCAUGUUUACCAAAAGAAGGCAUUUUUGCGGUUGAUACCAUGUUGAAGAAAGGAAAUGCACAAAACACAGAUGGUGCAAUAUGGCAGUGGCGUGAUGAUCGGGGCCUCUGGCAUCCUUACAAUAGGAUUGACAGCCGGAUCAUUGAGGUAGCAGCCCAUCAGGUCGGUGAGGAUGAGAUAAGCUUGUCCACUCUGGGACGAGUUUAUACUAUUGAUUUUAAUUCUAUGCAGCAAAUCAAUGAGGACACGGGGACAGCACGUGCCAUUCAGAGAAAACCUAACCCCUUAGCCAAUACUAACACUAGUGGAUAUUCAGAGUUAAAGAAGGAUGAUGCUCGAGCACAGCUUAUGAAAGAGGAUCCGGAACUGGCUAAGUCUUUUAUCAAGACAUUGUUUGGUGUUCUUUAUGAAGUAUAUAGUUCCUCAGCAGGACCUGCAGUCAGACAUAAGUGCCUUAGAGCAAUUCUUAGGAUAAUUUAUUUUGCGGAUGCCGAGCUUCUGAAGGAUGUUCUAAAAAAUCAUGCUGUUUCAAGUCACAUUGCAUCCAUGCUAUCAAGUCAAGACCUGAAGAUAGUAGUUGGAGCACUUCAGAUGGCAGAAAUCUUAAUGCAGAAGUUACCUGAUAUUUUUAGUGUUUACUUCAGAAGAGAAGGUGUAAUGCAUCAAGUAAAACAUUUAGCAGAGUCAGAGUCUUUGUUGACAAGUCCACCAAAGGCAUGUACGAAUGGGUCAGGAUCCUUGGGGUCUACUACGUCCGUGAGCAGUGGGACAGCCACAGCCGCCACCAAUGCUGCAGCUGAUCUGGGCUCACCUAGCUUGCAGCACAGCAGAGAUGAUUCUUUGGACCUGAGUCCUCAAGGUCGAUUAAGUGAUGUUCUAAAGAGAAAACGACUGCCAAAACGAGGGCCACGAAGGCCAAAGUACUCACCUCCAAGAGAUGAUGACAAAGUAGACAAUCAAGCUAAAAGCCCCACUACCACUCAGUCACCUAAAUCUUCCUUCCUGGCCAGCUUGAAUCCAAAAACAUGGGGAAGGUUAAGCGCACAGUCCAAUAGCAACAACAUUGAGCCAGCACGAACUGCAGGAGUUAGUGGUCUUGCCAGGGCUGCCUCAAAGGACACUCUAUCCAAUAACAGAGAAAAAAUUAAAGGUUGGAUUAAGGAGCAGGCACAUAAAUUUGUAGAGCGCUAUUUUAGUUCUGAGAAUAUGGAUGGAAGCAAUCCUGCACUGAAUGUCCUUCAGAGACUUUGUGCUGCAACUGAACAACUCAACCUCCAGGUGGAUGGUGGAGCUGAGUGCCUUGUAGAAAUCCGUAGCAUAGUCUCAGAAUCAGAUGUUUCAUCAUUUGAAAUCCAGCAUAGUGGAUUUGUGAAGCAGCUGUUGCUUUAUUUGACAUCUAAAAGUGAAAAGGAUGCCGUAAGCAGAGAGAUCAGAUUAAAGCGAUUUCUUCAUGUAUUUUUUUCUUCUCCUCUUCCAGGAGAAGAGCCUAUUGGACGAGUAGAACCAAUGGGUAAUGCACCUUUAUUGGCAUUAGUUCACAAGAUGAACAACUGCCUGAGCCAAAUGGAACAGUUUCCAGUCAAAGUGCAUGAUUUCCCCAGUGGAAAUGGGACAGGAGGAAGCUUUUCUCUCAACAGAGGAUCACAGGCUUUAAAAUUUUUCAACACACAUCAGUUAAAAUGCCAAUUACAAAGACAUCCUGAUUGUGCAAAUGUGAAACAGUGGAAGGGUGGACCUGUCAAGAUCGACCCAUUGGCGUUGGUACAAGCUAUUGAGAGAUACCUUGUAGUUAGAGGGUAUGGAAGAGUAAGAGAAGAUGAUGAAGACAGUGAUGAUGAUGGAUCAGAUGAGGAAAUAGACGAAUCUCUGGCUGCUCAGUUUUUAAAUUCAGGAAAUGUGAGACACAGACUACAGUUUUAUAUUGGAGAACAUUUGCUACCAUACAAUAUGACUGUGUAUCAGGCAGUACGACAGUUCAGUGUACAGGCUGAAGAUGAAAGAGAAUCCACAGAUGAUGAAAGCAAUCCUCUAGGGAGAGCUGGGAUUUGGACAAAGACUCAUACCAUAUGGUACAAACCUGUAAGAGAGGAUGAAGAAAGUAAUAAAGACUGUGUUGGUGGUAAAAGAGGAAGAGCCCAAACAGCGCCAACAAAAACGUCCCCCAGAAAUGCAAAAAAGCAUGAUGAGUUAUGGCAUGAUGGAGUGUGCCCAUCAGUAUCAAAUCCUUUAGAAGUUUACCUUAUUCCCACGCCACCUGAAAAUAUCACCUUUGAAGACCCAUCAUUAGAUGUGAUCCUCCUUUUAAGAGUUUUACAUGCUGUCAGUCGAUACUGGUAUUACUUGUAUGAUAAUGCAAUGUGCAAGGAGAUUAUUCCAACUAGUGAAUUUAAUAACAGUAAAUUGACAGCAAAAGCAAACAGGCAGCUUCAAGAUCCUUUAGUAAUCAUGACAGGAAACAUCCCAACAUGGCUAACUGAGCUAGGAAAAACCUGCCCAUUUUUCUUUCCUUUUGAUACCCGGCAAAUGCUUUUUUAUGUAACUGCAUUUGAUCGAGACCGGGCAAUGCAAAGAUUACUUGAUACCAACCCAGAAAUCAACCAGUCUGAUUCUCAAGAUAGCAGAGUUGCACCUCGAUUGGAUAGAAAAAAACGUACUGUGAACAGAGAGGAGUUGUUGAAGCAAGCCGAAUCUGUAAUGCAGGACCUUGGCAGUUCACGGGCCAUGUUAGAAAUCCAGUAUGAAAAUGAGGUUGGUACAGGUCUUGGGCCUACACUGGAGUUUUAUGCACUUGUAUCUCAGGAACUACAGAGAGCUGACUUGGGUCUCUGGAGAGGUGAAGAAGUAACUCUUAGCAAUCCAAAAGGAAGCCAAGAAGGGACCAAGUAUAUUCAAAACCUCCAGGGCCUGUUUGCGCUUCCUUUUGGUAGGACAGCUAAGCCAGCUCAUAUCGCAAAGGUUAAGAUGAAGUUUCGCUUCUUAGGAAAAUUAAUGGCUAAGGCUAUCAUGGAUUUCAGAUUGGUGGACCUUCCCCUUGGCUUACCCUUUUAUAAGUGGAUGCUACGGCAAGAAACUUCACUGACAUCACAUGAUUUAUUUGACAUCGACCCUGUUGUAGCCAGAUCAGUAUAUCACCUGGAAGACAUUGUCAGACAGAAGAAAAGAUUGGAACAAGAUAAAUCUCAGACCAAAGAGAGUCUACAGUAUGCAUUGGAAACACUUACUAUGAAUGGCUGCUCAGUUGAAGAUCUAGGAUUGGAUUUCACGCUGCCAGGGUUUCCCAACAUUGAACUAAAGAAAGGAGGGAAAGAUAUACCAGUCACUAUCCAUAAUUUAGAAGAGUACCUAAGACUGGUUAUAUUCUGGGCACUCAAUGAAGGUGUUUCUAGGCAAUUUGAUUCAUUUCGAGAUGGAUUUGAAUCCGUUUUCCCACUCAGUCAUCUUCAGUACUUCUAUCCAGAGGAGCUGGAUCAGCUCCUCUGUGGCAGUAAAGCAGACACUUGGGAUGCGAAGACAUUGAUGGAGUGCUGCAGGCCUGAUCAUGGCUACACUCAUGACAGUCGGGCGGUGAAGUUCUUGUUUGAGAUUCUCAGUAGUUUUGAUAAUGAGCAGCAGAGGUUAUUUCUCCAGUUUGUGACUGGUAGCCCACGAUUGCCUGUUGGAGGAUUUCGGAGUCUGAAUCCACCUUUGACUAUUGUCCGGAAGACAUUUGAAUCAACAGAAAACCCAGAUGAUUUCUUACCUUCUGUAAUGACUUGUGUGAACUAUCUUAAGUUGCCGGACUACUCAAGCAUUGAAAUAAUGCGUGACAAACUGUUGAUAGCAGCGAGAGAAGGGCAGCAGUCAUUCCAUCUUUCCUGAUCACAACAAGAAAUCAGUGUCUGCCUGUUACAGCAAAAGAAAAACAAAUCAUGAUUUCUUUUCUAAAUGUAUCACCUGGGUCAAGGAAACAUGUUACGCCUUCUUGUUGUAGGAAAAAAAGACUUGCAGAUUAUAAAAGAGAUACUUGGUUGAUAUUCAUUAAUGGCCCCAUGGACUUAAAGUGAUCAGGCCCUAAAAUGUUGUUGUGAUGAGGUUUCUUUAGCAAGUUCUUGUUUAAAUUAUCAUUUAUUUGAUGAGUGAAGUUUUUAACUUGCUUUGCUGUGUGAAAUUUAAAAGGGAUGUUUUUCCAGGCUGAACAAUAAAUGUCGCUGUGCAGUUUAAUUCUGGGCUGUGUGUAUCCAUCUAGCUAAGUCUGCAGUUUUGUUUUCUCCAAAGACAGCUCGUGUACAUAAAGUACAGAAAUUAAAGCUCACAUGUAUUUGACAACUGUAGUUCAGUAGAUGGGCUCUAUGCUUUUCACUUUCUUCUAAUUCUCCCUCCCUGACUCUGACUCAUUAUUGUCUGUGCAGUUCAUGGGGUUUUGUGUUGUUUUGUGUGUGUGAGUGUGAGUGUGUGUGUGUACACAACAACACUCAGUUGUGAUGUUUCCAUCAGUGUGGGCUUUUCUGUUGUCCCAUGUUCCCAGAUUAAGAUAUAAUUUAAAAUUCAUUGAAUUGAAAAUAUUGUCAAUAUAAUUUAGCCUUUGUAACUAAGUAGAGUUUUCUUAUAGUUUAGUUUUAAUAUAGUUAAUAGUUUAUUACUGGCUUUUUGCCAGGUGACACACUAGGAUUGUUUACAUGGUGAUUCCAACAGCAACAGCCUCUGGAAUGGAGGCAGGAAAGCUCAUUAAUUUGUUUUGUGUAGGUUUCAAAAGUCUAUGGCUUGAGCUGGCCAGUAUUUAUUCUACAGUCAGAGCUUUUAAAAUUGAUGUAAAGUGUUUUGUUGUUAUUGUUUUUUAAGCAGUUUUCAUUCUCUGUUGGAGUAAGCAUUUUUUUUUCUUGGUGUUUUUGUGUUAAGUCUCUGUUUUCGGUCUUUUUUUUUUUUUUCAUUCUCAUCUUCUUCCAGUGUUCACUUGAGAUGAACAGUUCAACUUGGGUCUCCACAGAUAAAAGCACCUGUAAACAAUGCUGUCCCUUUGUUUUAUGUGCUUAUUUCUCAAAUCUGCAAUAAUCUUAUCAGGUUAAUGUUUUUACCUGAAAAUAAAUAAAGUUUACUUCACCUUUU